GGCGGGGAGGACGAAGGAAAGGGUGAAAGGAGCAAAUGGAGGUGGAACCGAAAGAGUAGCGGGGCAGUACUGGGUAUGGAAACCAGAGCCUCACACAUACCAGACAGCUAAGGCCCAGCCCAGCUCCCCCGCUCAGCAUUUUGUCAUCUCCAUUAUGUUCUGGAUGCUUCCUCUGCAGCCCGGGCCACGUGACGGAGGAGGCGGUACAGCGGGCGCCCCGCCCUCGUGGCGUCGCGCAGCAUCCCGCAGAGCGACUAGCCCGCGCCUAGGGCCUGCGGCUGCCGGGAUGAAGAUCUGGAGCUCGGAGCACGUGUUCGGCCAUCCCUGGGACACGGUGAUCAAGGCUGCCAUGCGGAAGUACCCAAACCCGAUGAACCCGUGCGUGGUGGGCGUGGAUGUGCUGGAGCGCAGCGUGGACGACUGUGGGCGCCUGCACAGUCUGCGCCUGCUCAGUACCGAGUGGGGGCUGCCUGGCCUCGUGCGUGCGGUCCUUACAUGGUCCUAUCGUCUCCUGCUGUCUCUCCUUGUGACUCAUUUGCCGCUCCUGGAUUCUCUAUCAGGACGUGAAAAGCGUCUCUGCAGGUUGAGUCUUCACUUCAGAGCUCUUGCUCGCAGAGGAGCCUCUCUUCUCAGGAUGCCGGGGGUUCCCUGGUUUAAUUUUUGUCAAAACAGUCAUUACUGUCACGUGAUUUUGGGAGCCAACAGGACCUUGACGUACAUCAAAGAGAGCUCUGUUGUGGAUCUGGCGGCAAGGAAAAUGGAGCUGUGUUCCACCAAUAUCACACUCACGAAUCUGGUGUCAGUGAACGAGAGGUUGGUGUACACACCUCACCCAGAGAACCCUGAAAAGACCGUGCUCACCCAAGAAGCCAUCAUCACCGUGAAGGGGAUUAGCCUUGGGAGCUACCUGGAAAGUCUAAUGGCCAACACGAUAUCCUCCAAUGCAAAGAAGGGCUGGGCUGCCAUUGAGUGGAUAAUUGAGCAUUCCGAGAGCGCCAUAAGCUAACAGGUCUGCAUCCAUGCCUGGUGACACAAGGGGGCAGCCACAGUAACGUCUUAACCUGAUAUCUCACCAAAAAGAGUCAAAGAAGAAAGGGAAGGAGGAAGGAAGGAAGGACAAAGAAAAUGAAAGGCAAGUGUGGAUAUGGUUCCUGACAGGCCUGGGAGUCUUCCCUGUCCGUGGUGACCCCUCAGAACAGCAUCAGGUGCAGGCGCCAGCAGUGGGAGCCUGUGGUUCCCGGGAGCAGUGUGGAGCCCUAUGCUGCCAGGCUCUGCUGUAGGUAUGGGCUGGGCAGUACGGGGCUGCAUUGCCCCUGCAUCUGUCUUAAGCUUUUACCUGCUUCCCCUGGCAGGAGUGCCACCUCUACCCGCUCCAGUCACUUCACCAAAGGAGAGCUGCCCUCUCCUCACGCCCUGCCAGCUAAGCCACACCUUCCCCAGGGGCUGGCUGCUGUCCUUUGUUCCUGGUGGCCCUGUGUCCUUAAGAGUGUUCCACUUGCCUCUGUGAAGAAUUGAAUGAGAAGUUAGUUGCUUUCUGACCCUCAGGGUCCCCUCCAUGUUCCGUAUGCAAAAAAAACAGUGUGGAGCUCUCUACGGAGAGCACUGUGGGUUCCAGCGACAACUGGGAUUUUCAAGCUCGGACUGACCUUGAACUCCCUGAGUAACUGAAGAUAACCUUGAAUUCUUGAUCUUCCUGCUUCAACUUCCCAAGUCCUGGGAUUAAAGACUUGGGCUGCUAUACUGUGCUCUUUUUGGUUGUUGUUCAGACAGAUCUUGCUGUGUAGCCCUGGCUGUUCCGAACUCAUGGCAUUCCUCCUGCCUCAGCAUCUCAAGUACUGGAAUCACCGGUGUGCACCGCCGUGCAGGCCUGGACUGAGACUCUACUGUCUUUUCAGCUUGGCCUAACUAAAAAGAGAGGAUGGGGACUCCUGCUUUGUAAGAGCCUUCCAGCUAAUCCCCCCCCACACACACACCUCCGAGGUCCUGGGGUCGCUGGCUGUGGGUAGUGGUUUUGUGCUCCUGGCCUAGGUUGAAACCUCUCCCCCAAGCCCACUUUUCCUUCCUCCCUCAGAGUUUCUGUGUUCCUCGUUUUCUCUUUGUAACCUUUUUUGGGGGGAGGUGGAGGUGUCUCAAGACAGGAUUUCUCUGUGUAGCAGUCCUGGCUGUCCUGGAACUCUGUAGACCAGGCUGUCCUCAAACUCACAGAGAUCCGCCUGCCUCUGUUGGGAUUAAAGAUGUGCACCUCUCCUUGUAGAAUUAUGAGUAACCCAGACUGGUCUUGAACUCACUGUGUAGAUGAGGCUGACCUCAAACUCCUACCUUUCAAGCAUUAGAAUUGCAGGGGAACACCAUCAUGCCUGGCUUUUAUCUUAAGUCAAGGUUGUUUAAAACCCUAAAUGUAUAUAGAAACAUAGUUAUGUGUGUACAGGCAGUUCAUGUUUAUAGUUUAAAAUAGGAAUUAAAUAUAUUGACUAGUAUAGACAUUUGUUUUUCCUCUGUCAGUCAACUUGCCAUUUUUACAGAGCUUUCUAGAACUUUUCUAUGCCUAUGAAAGUUGUCUGUCUUUUUCUUUCAUUAAACUUGGGUUCACACUGUAA